GUGUCUAGCAGUUGAUUAGUUUGAAAUUAUAAUUAAUGAGUAAUGUUGCAAAUACCCUUCUAUAAAUCAAUGAGUAAUUUUGCAAAUACCCUAUAUUGCAGUUAAAAUUUCAAAAAAUUGAUAAAUGAAUGUAAAUAAAUAUGAUUUUCCUAACGGACAAAGGUCAAAAGAGGAGUGAAUAAGAGUAUUUUUGUGCAUUCAGUAGUAAGCAAAAAUUGUUAUUUUUUAUGUUCAACCGGGUACUUAUAAAGAAUAUUACUCCGUAUUAGUUUACAUGAAUUAUAUAUCUAAACUUUUGUAAAAAAAAAAAAAUAAAAAAAAAAAAAACUUUGUUAAUCAAUUAAUUAUUUCACUAAUUAAACGAUGGCAUUAGAGUCAAAAGACAUGAAUUACCGAAACUACCCCAACCGUACUACAUUAAAUACCCCAUUAUACCCUUUAAUAUGUGCGUCCACCCAAUAAUUUUGAAUGAUUUUUUUUUUUUAUCCUUCCUUCAAUGGCCACUAAGCUUAUGCAACCACCAAUAAUCCCUGCUUCACAUUCAUUUCCACAAUUAUCCCAAAUCAAAAUCCCACUUACUUCAUCAUUCUCACUUCCAAAUUCGAAACUCAACUGUACAAAAUUUAAGCAUUAUUUAUCUUCUGGGUUUACACUUAGAGUUGAUUGUACUACUGAAGAACACAGCUCAGAUUUGCUUCUCAAUAAUGAAGACAUUAAUUCUCUUACUAAAUCAAGUAUUUAUAACUCUAUUGAAGGUACCAAUAGAGGUGUUUUUGGGGUUACAUCUGACAAGAAGAGAGAAAUUGAGGAUUUGGUGAUGGAACUUGAAGCUAAUAACCCAACACCCAAUCCAACACACACUUUAGAUAAGGUUAGUGGAUGCUGGAAGCUUAUAUAUAGUACAAUUACUAUAUUGGGUUCAAAAAGAACUAAGCUUGGACUCAGAGAUUUUAUCAAUUUGGGGGAUUUUUUACAGAUCAUUGAUAUUGCUGAGGGCAAAGCAGUCAACAUAAUCAAGUUCAGUGCAAGAGGACUGAUUCUGCUAAAUGGUCAGUUGACAGUUCAGGCCUCUUUCAGUGUUGUCUCACCAUCGAGAGUAAGUAUCAAGUAUGACAAUUCACAGAUCACCCCAGAAAAGCUGAUGAAUUUGUUCAAGAAAAAUUAUGAUCUUUUACUCGGCAUAUUCAAUCCAGAAGGUUGGCUGGAGAUCACAUAUGUAGAUGACACGAUGCGGAUAGGAAGAGAUAAUAAAGGCAACAUCUUCAUACUAGAAAGAACAACAGAUAGUUGAUCAAUUUUACCUCGAUGUUUCUAUCAUGGCCUUGAGAUCAAGUGCUAUAAGAGUUUACAAGAGGCAAACAAAAGUAUGGAAGUGAGAAUUUUCAAGUGUGCAGGGCUAGCAUUCACUUCUUGUACAUGUAUUAUUUUGAUUCACAAAUACAAUGCUUUGUAGAUAUCAUUUCAUUGUCUGCGGAAUUUGUUUGCAAGCCCAAACAUUGAUUGCAAACCUUUCGACUUUCCUCGAA